UGCUAACUAAAACCUCUCAAUUUCAUGUUACAAUCUCAGGCAGGUCGAUGUAUUGUACAUACUGUGAGGAAAGGACAUUUUGUUCGCAUGCUCAACUUCUCGCCUUCUUCUCAAGUUGAAUUGCCAAAAUUAAGAAACCUUGCUCUCUCAAAGUUUGGAGAUAUCAUUUUCUCUACGUGGGAGGAAAACAAAAUGUCUCGUGUCCACAAAUUUUCUGUGAAUGGCAAGAUGUUAAAAUGCAUUCAUAUCAAAGAUGAGGUGACUGCGUUGAUAGUGAGGGAUAAUUAUGUGUUAAUGGGGACUGCAACUGGAACGUUAUCCGUCAAACACCUGCAUAGGUAAGAUUUCUACAUACAGUGAAACCCCGCAUAUAAGAAGGUAGAAUUUAAGAACCUGUUAGGCUAUAAAAAAAUUUUCAGACCCCCUUUUGAAUAAGAACCUGUUUAGGCUAGAAUUUCAAAGCAAAAGGUUGUUAUUUUAUCAAAUAGAAUCAAAAGUCAAAGAAAAUAAGCUCUUCACAAAGUAAUGAAAAUGAUCCAGAACCCUGGAAAUGUCAUUCUGAUAAAUAACAUGUCUAUACGAACGCGACAACAAAUAAUUGUAUUUCUUCAGUGAAAAUACUGGAAAAGCAAGGUUUUCCAGCAUCAUGGACUGUUUGGAUAAUUUGUACAUAAUUUAUAUAAAUUAUAUACCUCACCUCCGGAAAAUGAGUCGCUUUUUUUCUUAAGAAAAUAAGAAUCUAAUUAAGAACCUGUUUGGCUCAAUUUCCUGGUAAGCACCAUGUAAAUAAGAACCUGUUUAGGCUAACUUGGAAAAAUCUAGAUUCUUAUAUGCGGGGUUUUACUGAAGGGCUCUACUAACAAAAAACGUCUUUGAUGAUUGUUCCAACUAUAUUUUAACUUAAAUAGAAUCACGGUUAUUCUAUUAACCGUGAUAGAAUGCAUGGUAGUGUUUUGAAAGCAUUAAGAACAGUUAGCCAAGCAGGGGCGUAGCCACGGCGGUGAAUGGGUAGGGUCCUGACCCCCCCCCCCCCCUCACCCGUUACACCGGCCUUGAAUUAGAAACGUUUGACAGACCCUUAAAAUAGAAACGUUUUCCGGGAGACCAUGGACAGCCGGACGAUUAGACCCCCCCCCCCAUGCUACCACUCCCUAACUCCAGGUUGAGCUUGUGUUAUGGUUAACUACCUAAAGAUGUUUUAGGAUCCUUCACAACGUUGAAACUGGAGGGGUGACGAAAUUUGUUUUGUCAAUGUGCAUUAACUUUGCGAGGAAUGGUCUCAAGGGUUAUGUCCAAGAUUGUAGCUUCUAAUUGUCGCAUCGAUGCAGAAUAAGUUGAAGCGUCUAACCAGUCUAGCACCCAUCGAGUUUUUUUGAAAAAUGAACCACAAAACCCAAAAUUGUAGUCGCACUGUAGAUUCAAAACGCGUAAUUGUAAAACAAGUUGCAGUCUUUUGCAACCUGCAAAUAUAUUUUUCUCAAGAAGUGCAUAAGAUGUUGCGUACGUUUAAACAACAUUUUGUAGAAUUGUUAUUUUAUGUUUGUAUAUAGUUUGGACAAUCAUAGAAGUUUGGAUGUUCGAGUGAAAAUCUGUACAAUCAAUAUGCAAAUUGACGAAGAUUCGCAUAUCUUUCUUGGUGUAAAAGAUGGACAGUUACUCGUAUUCUCAGUCGAUUCCACAGAUUAAAUAAAUGUAUUGUUAGAGAGUUUGAGCAAGACAACGAAGUACGAAGACGAAGGCAUACUUGACAAUUUUUGUCGUCUGCACAUUCUCUUGUGCAUACUGUGUUGGACGUCACUGGUGUUUGCUCAACGUGUCCUAUGUGUCGUUGUUUAUGAAUACUGACCAUAAUUCUUGCCCUGAUCCAGAAUAAACAGCGAGACAUGAACCUAUAUAUCCCGUCUUUGUUCUUGUGCCUUCGUUCGGAACGAAGUUAACAACGAAUUUUGCCAAAAUAUUCGUUGUGAACGAAGGCAGAAGAACGAAGACGGGAUAUGGAUUCAUGUCUCGCUGUUUUAUCCUGAUCAGGGUAAGGAUUUGGGUCAACAUUGAUAAACAGCUAGACGCGUGAAUCUCUAAUCUGUCUUCACUCCUGACCCUAAACUUAGAAUACGCAAGAUAAUGUUCAAGGCAGGAAAAAAUUGUCAACACGUCGUCGUCCGACUUCGUUCUCUUGCUCAAACUCUCUAUUUAUUGAUUACCAUUGGCGUACGGAGGGUGAGGCUUUCUGGGGGGGGGGGGGCAGUUAAAAUUUUGCCCGAAUUUUGAUGGAGAAUUGUAAUGAAACAACCAGAAUUGGACAUAUUUUCCGAUAAAUUUGCCCGAAUUUUUUUUAUUUUCCCUAGGAUUUCCCCGAAUUUCCAUGUUUUUUUAAAGUUGGGGGGGGGGGGCAGUUGCCCCUUGCCCCUGUCUCGUACGCCUAUGAUUAUAUCCCAAUGUGGGUUAUAUUCUAGUUAGAUAGUAUUCAUUCAUUGUUGAUGCAAUUAUAAUUGUUGCUCGAAUUUUCGAAGGACAAUUUAUACAUACGAUUUGAACUUGCAGCCCCUGCGAUUCUGGUGCAGCGCUUUGCAAAGUUAGUUGCCAAAUCGCAGGGCCAUAUACUGGUAUAUAGGUUCAAAUCCAGUCCGUAAAAUUGCAUUUUCGUUUGCCGUAGGUCUCAAACUGUGUAUAAUCUUCGUUCGAAUAUUCGCCCAAACAAUCUUCAUAUUUAACCUGUAUUCAUUUAUUAUUAAUUGUAUUUGUAACGAAGAUAGUUAAAAAUAUUUUGUCAUCUUCAAACUUAGAAAUUGACAAAAAUGCACAUAUAAAACUUGCAAAAUAUUCGUAAUAAUGCACUAAAACAUGUAUAAAAGUUUUUAGAAACAAUUAUUUUAUUAAAAAUAAUCUUAAUUCGCAGCUUUUCACUUUUUCCAGGCGUGAACGGGGCCGACAAAAGUUGAGAAAAGCAGG